UUGCAUAGAGAGCCCCGCCCCUCAGCCGACGUCACCCGGGCUCCGCAUCUGCUGCAGUCGCUGCGGGGAGGAGGCGGCGGCGCGAGCGCGGCAGAGAUGGCGUCCGCUACCGACUCCCGCUACGGGCAGAAGGAAUCCUCGGACCAGAACUUCGAUUACAUGUUCAAGAUCCUGAUCAUCGGCAACAGCAGCGUGGGGAAAACCUCCUUCCUGUUCCGCUACGCCGACGACUCCUUCACGCCCGCCUUCGUCAGCACCGUGGGCAUCGACUUCAAGGUCAAGACCAUCUACAGGAACGACAAACGCAUCAAGCUGCAGAUCUGGGACACGGCCGGCCAGGAGCGGUACCGCACCAUCACCACCGCCUACUACCGCGGCGCCAUGGGCUUCAUCCUCAUGUACGACAUCACCAACGAGGAGUCCUUCAACGCCGUGCAGGACUGGUCCACCCAGAUCAAGACCUACUCGUGGGACAACGCCCAGGUGCUGCUGGUGGGGAACAAGUGUGACAUGGAGGACGAGCGCGUGGUGUCCUCGGAGAAGGGUCGCCAGCUCGCCGAGCACCUGGGCUUCGAGUUUUUCGAGGCCAGCGCCAAGGACAACAUCAACGUGAAGCAGACCUUCGAGCGGCUGGUGGACAUCAUCUGCGAGAAGAUGUCGGAGUCGCUGGACACGGCCGACCCCGCGGUCACCGGCGCCAAGCAGGGCCCCCAGCUCACGGACCAGCAGGCCCCCCCCCACCAGGACUGUGCCUGCUAGGGGCCAGCCCCCCCCCCAAGACCCCCCCCAAAAAUCGGUCAGUGCACCCCAACCCCCCCCAGAGCUCCUCCUCUUGGGGGUCCCGCGGGGGCUUUUGCUGCUGAUUCCUCCUACAAGGGCUGCAGCCCCUCUAGGAGCCCCCCACUCCCAGUUCAUUAGGCUGUGCCCCCCCCUGCUCCCACCCCUUAAUUUAUUUUGAAGCCUGGGCUGGUAGAAGACUCCCCAGCUCCUCUCAUUCUGCUUUUAAUCACUGUUAAGAAACCAUCACUCCCAGCCCCAUUUCCCUGCUGAUUCGCCCUGUCCUGGCACCUGGAGACCCCCCUGUCCUGGUACCCCCUGCCCUGGAGACCCCCCUACUCUGGUACCCCCUGUCCUGGCACCUGGAGACCCCCCUGCCCUGGGACCCCCUGUCCUGGUACCUCCUGUCUUGGGCCCCCCUGUCCUGGUACCCCCUGCCCUGGUAUCCCCUGUCCUGGAGACCCCCCUACUCUGGUACCCCCUGUCCUGGCACCUGGAGACCCCCCUGCCCUGGGACCCCUGUCCUGGUACCCUCUGUCCUGGGACCCCCUGUCCUGGCACCUUGAGACCCCCCCCUGUUUUGGCACCCCCUGCCCUUUUUCCUACUCUAGGACCCCCUGACUUGGGGCCCCCCUAGUCUGGGACCCCCUGUCCUGGCACCUGGAGACCCCCCUGCUCUGGGACCCCCUUUCCUGGUACCCCCUGCCCUUUUUCCUGCUCUGGGAUCCCUUGUCCUGGUACCCCCUACCCUGGAGACCCCCCUACUCUGGUACCCCCUGCCCUGAAACCCCCUGUCCUGGGGCUCCCCAUCUCUGGUACCCCCCAUCCUGGGGAUCCCCCUGUCCUGGGGCUCCCCCUACCCUGGCACCCCCCAUCUCUGGUACCCCCAUCCCGGGGCUCCCCCUACCCUGAAACCCCUUCCCACCCUGUGGGUGCUGUGACAGGACCCCCCUCAAUUCCCCUCUGUGUGUCCCCCCCCCCUUUUACCCCAGGAGUGGACAGGGGGGGCUCUUUGUGCCCUGUCCCUGCAGCUGGAUGGAUAUUUCCUGACUCUUGUUUAUUUGUAUAAAUAGAUGCUAAUUUAUGCUCCCACCGUCUUCCUCCUUGUACAUACAGAAAUUCCUUGUAAAUAACGUAGGAAGUGAUGCUGUGACCUGCUGUGCUGUGGCUGUGGUGGUGCAUUUAUAUAUAUAUAUAUAUAUAUAUAUAUUCUGAUUUUUUUUUUUUUUUUUUUUUUUUUUCUCUCAGUGUGGUAACCUUGCUUGUGAAUAUCACUUUUAAGGAAAAAAAAAAAAUCCCCCCCUCCAACUGAACAACAAAACUCUUAUUAUUUAAAUAAGAUAUAAAAAGGAAAAAGAAAAAAAAAAAAGGAUUUAAUCCAUCAAUGAGGUCGAGACAACUGGAGUGAACCUGCCCUGGGCUGGGCUCGUGGGGGGUGAGCAGGGCUGGGACCAGGGGCUGGUUUGCUCCAGGGAUUUGGGAUCUCGUGUUCCUGUAGUUCUGUGCUUCUGUGGAGACUGUGAAUAAGUGGAUAUUCCCGUAGCCAUGACAGAGCUGCCCUUUAUUUAUUUUUCCUGGAGCGCUGUGUCUUUAUUUUACAGAUUUUUCCCUCUAUUUCCACCCCCACCCUCCAGUGAUUCCAUCUCCUUCCCUCCCCUUUUUCCCCCCCCUUUCCCUCUUUUUUGUGAAGUUUACUUAUGGAAGAGUUACACUGUACUGUACAAUAAUGUCAAAAGUGUCAAAAAGAGUACAAUUUCCUAAAAAUCACUGUAUUAAAAGAAAUGUUGUGAAGAAAUAAAACCGAUGCUGAUCAGAAGUUCCUGAGUUGCCAGAGAGCAGCAAAAUUAA